UUCUUGAUGGGAUUGCUUUCCCUUUUUUUUUUUUUUCCCCCUCUUCCUGCCCACUGCCUGCAAGCAUAGAUUCUCUCUAUGUCGCAAAACCAGAACCCUCUCUCCUAGCUGGGUGGCUUCGGAAUAGACGAAUGUGCUCUGCCUCUGCAUGGAUUCUCUGCCCGCGAAAGAUUUCCUACUUUUUUGUCCUUGCCUUUUUAGCCCUCCUUUUCGCAGAUGCCUCUACCUUUCUGAGUUUCACGGCUAUAGGUGCAAGUGUGGCUGGAGCACACAAUAGACGUACAUACCGAUGCGUGAUUGCACGUUUUAUUCCACACAUUUGGUUAUAAAUACACAUUAGCAUUCUGGGUUUUCUCCAUAGCAGCACAUAUUCUCAGUCAUUGCUACAGGUGGACUGAUUCGUGCAGAUUACAGAACCGUGAACAUGAGCUACAAUACACAUUCCAAUAUAGGCUCCAGUAGUCGAAGUGCAAGGACAUUGGAGUUUGGAAGGACACAUGUAGUGCGGCCGAAAGGAAAACACCAGGCCACCAUAGUUUGGCUUCAUGGACUCGGAGAUAAUGGCUCAAGCUCUUCCCAGCUCUUAGAAUCACUUCCUCUUCCAAAUGUUAAAUGGAUCUGCCCAACUGCACCAACACGUCCUGUUACUUUACUUGGUGGUUUUCCUUGCACUGCAUGGUUUGACGCAGGAGAGCUUUCUGAAGAUGGUUCAAAUGAUUGGGAGUCUUUAGAUGCUUCUGCAGCACAUAUUGCAAACUUGUUAUCAACAGAGCCAGCUGACGUUAAAGUUGGUAUUGGAGGCUUUAGUAUGGGUGCUGCAAUGGCCCUUUACUCUGCAACUUGUUGUACUCUGGGAAGAUAUGGAAACGGUAACCCAUAUCCUGUCAAUCUAAGGGCAAUCGUUGGACUAAGCGGAUGGCUUCCAGGGGGAAGGAGCUUAAAAAGCAAAAUACAAAGUUCACAUGAGGCUGCAAGGCGUGCUGCUGCCUUACCCAUUUUGCUUUGUCAUGGAACAAGCGAUGAUGUUGUCCUCUACAAAUACGGGGAAAAAGCAGCCCAGUCCUUCAGUUCAGCAGGAUUUCGACACCUUACAUUCAAAUCCUAUGAAGCGCUUGGUCAUUACACGGUACCUGCAGAGAUGGAGGAAAUGUGCCAUUGGCUGACUCCAAAACUGGCGCUGUAGGGUUCUCGCCCCACUCGGAACUAGUUUCUAGUUUGAGAUUUGAGAUGGCAGCGAUCGAGUAUGAGGCAUUAUGGAACAAACAAUAAUACUAAUAAUAAUAGUAAUUUUGUAAGGCGAGCAGCUAUAGCUAGUACAUAGAAUGGUGUAUGUAUGGGGUAUAUCUUUACCUUAAUAUUCAUAUAUACCUACGACAAUCUUCCCUCAUUCCUUAUGUCUUCUCCUGUCUUAAAUAAAAGCUUCUCAUCUUCUUUA